AUGCCAAUCGACGCUGACCACGAAAACAUCACGCGACGUCCGAGUCGUGACGACCCAGGAUUUGUGAAACUCUCUCAGCAGUUGCAGCUCAUCCUUCGCUGCCAAGGUCCGUUCAAGCGGCGCGUUUGGGGUCUGGACCCAAGAGAGAAGACCGAUCUUCUGUACAGGAUGCUCGGUGUUGAUGACGCUAUGGAUGAGCUUGAAUCCGUAUACAGUCAGUCACUGGCCCUUCAACUAGCCAACAAGAUCGAGCCGUUCCGCGACUAUCUGGUGGCCCUAGCUGCCGGUAGCUAUAGCCUCGAGCACAAUACCCAGGACCUAAUCUGGAACAAACUGUUCACCGACGAGCUUCCAAGGCUUUUACCCGACCGGGACAACCCCAUGUACUGGAUCAUCGAUGGCCUGGAUAUUUGUGGAUCCGGUGAAGCGUUUCUUUCAGGUUUAGCUAACCCAUCCCUAUCUUCUAUUCCCAUCCGGGUUGUCGUCACCAGCCGUGUCACGCCAACCCUAUCUCGCGUAUGCAAUCGGCUGGGUGCUUCCUUGCAGGUUCAGGUUCUGCGGCUGGACAAGGAUGCAACAGAUGCGCAAAAGGCAGCCAUGAGACCCCUAGUACGGACCAAGCUUGGUGCGCUCCACGAACAUCUGACUGAUCAGACCGUGCUGGAAGGCCAAGGCAACUUUCUUGAAGUCAACAGAAUCGUCCGAGGUAUUCUACGCGGCAAGAGCCACCCCUUAACCAGCCCUGACAACGUCGCGACAAGCCAGCCAGAUACCAGACAGUACUGGAAAGAGGUUGCAGCAGACAUGAGUGCCGGCUGGACAGCUAGCAAACGGGCACAUGCGAAACGCAUAUUGACAUUGGUUGCUUAUGCCCGUUAUCCCCUUACAAUUGCGCAAGUUUGUGAGGCCAUCACGCGAUACGAACCCAUGGCGCCCGAUCGUUAUGACCCAGUCCAACUAUGCGGAGCAUUGCUCCAGGUCGACGGGCGGUCCCGCCUCAUACUAAGACACCGCACCGCUCACGAGUACUUAGUCGCCGCGGAAGGCCGUGACCUAUGUUGCGAAUCCCACGAGGCCCACGGGAUCAUUCUCGCGAUGAGCUUGAAAGCCAUGGCGAGGAUGAGCGUGGGUGGUACCGACAGCCAGCCCCGGUUGAGUCUGCCGCCGGACUCAUGGGCCUCAUAUGCCACUACGUCCUGGGAAUUCCACCUCUCUCGCGGCGCAGUGUACCUCGAUGGAGAGCUUCUUUCGAUAGUCGACAGUUUCCUCGAGGCCCCAACGGUGGUUUGGUGGAUCUUCAUCCUCGCAAGCUCUAAUCAGCUGGAUCUCCUUACGGACGCAUCGGCCGCCUUGACCGUUCUCCAUGCGCGCAGGAGCGCCAUGCCAUCACUAAGGCACAACGUCGAUCAUAAACUGUUACAAUGGGCCACUGAAAUGGCCAUGGUUCAUGGAAAAUUCGGGAUGCAUCUGUCGAGAUUCCCUCGCGCUAUCUACGACGUAGUUCCAGCGUUCUGCCCCGAGACUUCACCAAUACGAACACUGCAUACCAGCAGGGACGAGGCAUCGAGGCUCGUCGUCAAAGGCAUUCCGGACAAAGCAUGGGUUGAGACGUUGGCUAAGAUCCCUGUUAAGAACCCCUCUGGCAUCGCGUGUACCAGCCAGUAUGUCGCAUUAUCCUCUUUUGGCAGCCGUCGGGUCAGACUAGUCUCAACGACAAACCCGUGCAGUGCUAAGACGGUUCAUCACCAAGAAAGCGUCAGCCGCAUGCGCUUCAGCAAUUCUGGGCAUAUGCUUGCCCUGGCCAGUCUACGGACCAUCAGUGUAUGGCAAAUCGACAUCUGGGUUUUGCGCUGGACCUUCGCCGCCCCGCCGGCUGCCCCGAUGGUCGACAUGGCCUUCGACUCCGGAGACACCGCGCUUCUGGCCUAUUUCAAAGAUGGGCACGUGUGGAGAUACCCGCUGGAAGACUUCGCGGCAGGCAGUUGCUGUCUCGGGCCAGCUCUCGCUGUCGGCCCCGAUGGCCGCCGCCACGUCCCUAAAGCUGCUGCAUUCAAUCAGGGCGCCACCAUGCUUGCUACCGCGUACUACGACCUACCCCUAUCGGUAUGGGACGUGUCCAGCAGCGGCCUGCGCGGGCCGCGACCACAGAGCAACGCCGCACGCCAAGAUGCAGACCGGGCGCCGGACCCCGUGGACCGGAUCGACUGGACCCCGGCUCCGUGCCACGUUCUCACCAUCCGUGGCGGCUCCGCCUACGCGUGGGAUCCCGACCGCCAGGUUGAGCGCCAGAUAUGCGGCGGCGUCGAAUCCAACUUCACCCAUAUAUGUACUAUUCCAAAUCGCCUCUUCACGAUCACUGCCACUGAAUCUGGCUUCCUUCAUAUGGACAUAAGAUAUAUGUCCUCCAUGGCAAUUCCUGCGAUGUAUGGCGCCCGGCAUGCCUUACUUCGUACCGUCCAGAAGUCGAUCACACACUGA